AUGUCUGAGUGCCACGAGCUUGCCGAGGUUGAAGAGGAGCCUCACCACUCGGGCUAUGCCACGCCCAGUGAUCCUGGCUCACCAAGCAGGUACCAUGGAAUGCAUCACCAUUCGCAGUACCAGCAGUGGAGUUGGCGUACAGACGCGCCAGAGUUUACCCCCGGUACCACGAAUCCCAACACGGUCUCGAUGAUGAGCAGCAACGGCAACGGCAAUAAUGCACAGAUGAUGGACAACACUGUUUUCUUCGCGCCUUUCCCAGGAUGGUUUAUGCCAACAGGAGACAUGUCAAUGCAGAACAUGGGGGAGAAUGCGGGCAAUUUUGAAGCGGAGGCCAACCAAGUUCCCGAAGUUGCCGAAAUGGAAGCCAAGGUGGCGAGCAUGCAGCAGGAGUUGGCGCAAGUGAGGCGCAUGGCCAACAUGGAGCGCCGGCUGCGGCAGAUUCAAACGGAGUCCUACAGGCGCGUCUUGGAGACCUACUUUGUUCCACGUGAAGAUGCCGAGCAGCUGGUGCGCAGGCUGCAGGCAGAAGCGGCCAUGAACGACGGCUACCUGCAGAUGGAGGCGCAGAACACGCCAGGUGGUGUGGACCUGGGUGAGGAGAGCCAGAUCUGGAGCCAAGUGCACACCCCAGCAGAGUCACCAGAUAGCAGCACAACAGCCAGCGCAGACGGAAAGGCCAGCUCCGGCACAGCGUCCGGGACCUCCAUCGCCUCUGCUUUGCAGGCCAUGUUCCCCCAUGCCACCGUGCGCACCAGCUUCGAGGAAGAGACCGCUGACAUGCAGAAGGCAGAUCGAUUGUCCGUGUUGAUGGACAACUUGCGCGAAAGGUUGGGCAAGGCACCGAGUCCGGAAGACGCGAACGCAAGCGGAACAUGCCCCACUUCCAAAUCCGAGGAGGAGGAGGUUCACGAGUAUGUCAGUCGUCUCGAGCGCAUGGUUAGCAGCACCGUGGAUGAUCGCGCUAAGAAUUCCCUGAUGAGCCUUUCACCGAAAGAUGGCAAAGACGCCUUGCGGAAAGUGGAGGAGAUCAUCAACCAGCAGGGUGGCUCAUGCCGCCACUUGUCAUCCAUUUUGCAGUCCGUGUGCCGCAAGCUCGACAAGCGCAGGAUUUGA